CGUCGGUCGCUAGUCAGCAGCCAUUUUGGACGCGCUUGAGCUUUUCCCAUGUCAACACUACAGCACCACUGUGGGUAUAGGGAACUGGGCAGGGGAAAAAAAAGAAAAGAAAAAAAAAACAGGAACAUGUUUCCCCUCGGUUUGUAGCACAAGAUACACGGUGGUUUUAGGGAACAGUCUUUCGCGUUGUGUCGAUAUGAAAUUGUGUAUUUUUGUGAAGUUGUGCUUUAUUUCUUUUGCUGCUUCUUCACACAGAGCGAGUGUUUUAUUCACUAACUCGGUGUUGGUGUUGUAGCAGUGGUCACAGGCCAUGCACUGCUUGCUUGCAUUCAUGUGUCGCGGGAAUAUGUUUGCUCGCUGGGUGACAUUGGCACUCAUUCGGGGAAGUUUGUUAGCAGGUCCUGGGCAAGGUGAGGUUGGCACUAGAGAGUGUGUGUAUUAUAAUGAUAACUGGCGAGCUGAGAAGACUAAUCAGAGUGGGUACGAGAGAUGUGAGGGAGAAAAGGACAAGCGACAGCACUGCUAUGCAUCCUGGAUCAACUCUUCAGGAACCAUACACCUGGUGAAAAAGGGCUGCUGGCUCGAUGACUUCAACUGCUACGACAGACAGGAGUGUGUGGCCACAGAGGAAAACCCUCAGGUAUUUUUUUGCUGCUGCGAGGGAAAUUACUGCAACGAAAGAUUCACACACUUACCCGAAGUGAUUGCUCCUGCAGUGAAGAUCCAGCCUCCUCCAGUGGGACCGUCUCUGCUUGGUGUGUUAGCGUACUCUCUCCUCCCUCUGCUUGUGCUGUCUCUGGCCUUGGUACUUGCAUGCUGGACUUACCAUCAGCGCAAAGCUCCGUACGGCCACGUGGACAUUAACCAGGGUGUGGGUCCUGCUCCUCCAUCUCCUCUAGUGGGUCUGAAGCCACUACAGCUGCUGGAGCUGAAGGCAAGGGGGCGCUUCGGGUGUGUGUGGAAGGCUCAGCUACUAACCGAAUAUGUUGCAGUCAAGAUAUUCCCUGUUCAGGAUAAGCAAUCAUGGCAGAAUGAGAGAGACAUUUACCUCACUGAGGGACUAAGACAUGAGAACCUGCUACGCUACAUCUCUGCUGAAAAACGAGGAACCAACCUGCAAAUGGAGCUCUGGCUUAUCACCGAAUUCCAUGAAAUGGGUUCUUUAACAGACUAUCUAAAGGGGAAUGUGGUGAACUGGUCUGAGUUGUGCCACAUUGCAGAGAGCAUGACCCGAGGCCUGGCCUACCUACAUGAGGAUCUGUCCUACAGACUGGAGGGGCCUAAACCAGCAAUCGCACACAGGGAUUUUAAGAGUAAGAAUGUGCUGCUCAGGACAGAUUUGACUGCUGUGAUUGGAGACUUUGGUCUGGCUGUGCGCUUCGAACCAGGGAAGCCACCAGGAGAUACUCAUGGCCAGGUUGGUACUAGGCGCUACAUGGCCCCAGAGGUGCUGGAGGGUGCCAUAAAUUUUCACAGGGAUGCAUUUUUAAGGAUUGAUAUGUACGCUUUGGGCCUGGUGCUCUGGGAGCUCUUGUCCCGCUGCACUGCUGCUGACGGGUCUCUGCAUGAGUUCAUGCUCCCGUUUGAGGAGGAGGUGGGUCACCACCCAUCUCUGGAGGAGCUGCAGGAUGUGGUGGUCCAUAAGAAGAUGAGGCCCAUGCUGAAGGACUGCUGGCUCAAACAUCCGGGAUUGGCUCAGUUGUGUGAGACAGUGGAAGAGUGUUGGGACCACGACGCAGAGGCCCGUCUGUCCGCGGGCUGUGUGGAAGAACGCAUCAUCACCAUCGCCAGGGCAAACAGCACCACCAAUAGUUCUACCUCAGAGUGCCUGGUCUCCAUGGUUAUGAUAGACAGCGACUCAGCUCUACCACUCAAAGAGGCGAGCAUUUGAAUGGUGUCAGUCAGUGAAGCAGGAACUAGACACUGCUACACCACUAACAUCAAACCUCUCCAGUAAUGUGAACUUUGCUGCUCUUAGGAGAUUUUCUAUGGAGUUAAACAAAAAGAUCUGCAAGCAAAAUAUUAAGUAUCAAAAAUCAGACUCUGUUCCCAAAAAGUAAGUGUAAACAGCAAAUUAGCUAGCUGUGCUCACUCAAGGAAUUAUGGCAUUUCACCCAUGAAUUUCAGGAGGAAAAUGUUUAGGUUUUUUUUUGUUUGUUUUUUUUCCAUUUGUUUGUUUUUUUUUUUAAAGUUUGCCUUUAGUUGUUGAUCAUUUUGCUUGUGGAUCUUUAAUAUCUUUCGCACAAAUUUACCUCAGUAAUUUUCAUUUGGUUGACUUUUACUAAACCUCACACUAUAUCUUCUCCCUUGCAUUCAGAAAGCACAAACACAACACAGAAGCUGAAGCCUCAUACAGCAAUCAAAUGACCAUUUCACAGUGCACUCGUUACCUCAUGUUUUUGCUGGUUAUUAGAAUUCGAAUGUGAAUUUUUAAGUGAGUUUACUUUUCCUAAUAUCUGCAUCCACUCCGCAAAUACCUCCAUUCAAAGGACUUGGCUCGUGAAAUCUACAUUCCUCACUUGUCUUUAUGCUGGUGAUCAGUGACUCGACAAAGUGGAGUGAGAAGCUACAGACUGUUACACAAAACCAACCUCCGUUUGACCGAGUACCUCUCUUACUACUCAGUGAUCUUUUUUUUAUAGGUGCUAGUAUGUUUAGUUUCUUUGUGAAAGUGUUUGACGUGUUUUAUGAAGAAUGAUAUGCUUGUUAGAGAGCAGUUGUCUGGAACACUGGAAUCAAAAGGCAGCAGGACUGUUUUGGUUUUCUUCAGUAUUGGUAUAUUUUAGCAUAGUCUCUGAUUAUCUGUCCUUUGACAGUUUUAUCAGGCAGAUUAUAACCAUGUGUGGUGGUCUGGGAAAACCCGUCAGAUGUCGCUGCAACAAAUUCUGAAAAACAUCCAAAAACAUUGAGCCAAACAGCCAGUAAUAUACAACAAGAAAACCUAAAUAGAUUUUACUACAACAAUGUGAGGAUGUUUUAUUUAGGCUACUUUCUAACUUUGCUGUCUGCCUGCAAAGAUCAUGCUGUGUAAGGAGCCAGUUUAACAAACAAAAGAAGUAAAACCAGCCAGUCUGCCUAAAGAUGUCUAAAACCCUGCUAGCUGAGUGUGAUUUUCUCACAGGCUUUUUUACGAUAAUUACGUGCUAUAGUGAAACAGACAUAAGCCUCAUCUAUUUAGUUUGUAAUCAGACACCGGCUGUCAUCAUCAAAAAGGGGAAGAGUGCUUACACACACUACAGAUGACAGUGAAGAAGGUUUUUAAAAAGAUAAUAGUAAGAAGAAAUUUCACUGACAGAACUCACUGAAUGAUUCAGUAAUGAUUCCCCAUCAAUGUUAGUGUGAACAGAGAUCAGUCCAGUGAAGCGAUUAUGAUGAGGCCUGUGUUUAAAUGCUACGAGUGGCUUUUACCUCAGGUGAUGAUAAUCAAAGUGAUUAAUGGUAAUAAAUCAUAGUAAUGGUUAUAAAUGUAGAAGUAAGAACGGUGUCUUUCAGAGGAGAUGGAAUUGAAUUUAUAAAUGCCUUUUUCACUUUCGGUGGUAACCAGAAUUUGAAAUGCUAGAACUUUACUUCUGUUUGAGAUAUCUGCACACAAAUGUUAGUUCAGGAAAGCCUGUAGUUUUCAGAAUGAUAUAUAGUAGAAAAUGUCCAUCUGACCAUGUGAAGGGUUUUCCCAGGCAACCACACACAUUUGUACGCAUAGUCUUUGAUUAUUGAACCCCAGUGUAGCGUCUACAGGUUGAGCAUUGUUACACGGAAUUGCCUUUAUGCCCUUCAUGCUUUAGUAUUACGCCUACAUAUUUGGGGCAGGGUCUCUGAAAGUGUGUAGGCGAACACAUAAUGUGUGCUUUACGGACAGGUGCUGCCUAUGUAAUGAGCAAUAGCACUGACGCUUCAGGAUUAAUGAGGGUGAUUUUGUUUGUGAUAUACUACUCAGGUAAAUGUGUGUUUGUAUGUGACUGGUAACUGUAUGGUGUCUGUGUAUUUGUGUGUGUUUGUGUGUGUAGUUUUUAAAUCGCACAGCUUUUAGCAAUAGAGCUCAGCAGUAGGAACCUCUCAGUGGAGUGAUGCUCAGUAGAGUUGGUGCUUUGUGUUCCUAUUUACCGCUCCUUCAAAAACCAGGCUUAUUGGAUCACAUCUGCCAGUGUGUGUUGGCUGAGAAUUUGAAGUUUAGUAGUAAUAUAACAAUUCUGACUGCAUUUAGGUGAGUAUUCUAUUGUUUUUGUGGUAGAAAUGUAAUUAAAUGUAUGGCUACUUUUAUAUGAUUGAGAUUUAUAUAUAUAUAUAUAUAUAUAUAUAUAUAUAUAUAUAUAUAUAUAUAUAUAUAUAUAUAUAUAUAUAUAUAUAUAGAAAGUGCUGUGAUAUUUUUAUUUUCGUGCUCACAAUAUACCUUAUGUGAAGACAACAGGUCUGUGGCUUUCGUGCACUGGGUAUCAAUUACAUUUUCAUUUAUUGCGAUUUUUUUUUUUUUUUUUUUUUUUUAUAAACUCCAUAAAAUGUGGAACCUACCUCAUUUUAACCACUCUGGAAUAAUGGUUAUGUUUCCAAACAUUUUACUCCUUCAGCUAUAUUUGAAUUGUAUUUAUAUGUUACAGUCUGUAUACAGCAUCAUCUGUAACCUCUACCUGAGCCAAUUCAAUAAGCUUGACUGACACUUGUAAACAUAUACUGAGAUCAGGGAUUUAAAGGUUAACCUAUGAAGUAUUACAGCUGUCUGCAGUUUGAUUGUGCCAAAUUUCUUUUAAAUGGAUUAAAGCAGCAGUGCUACUAGAGUGUUCAUACAUGGAAGAUUAAAAAAAAAAUGUUACAAAUCAUAAGUGUAGUCUUAACACAAGCUAUUUGGCAUGCACACCUCUUUGCCAGAUUGUUAAGCUUGAAAGCUGCUCUGAUUUCUGUAAAUCUAAUGCUGCAUUUGACUCCACUGCUUGACUCCUUGUGUUUCCAAGUAGGUAUUCAGAGUUGAGGGGGUGUCGUCUUUGGUUUUUCCUAGUUGGAGGUUGGAAAUUCCAAAUUAUGAGCUCAGUCAAACACAGCGUAACCCUCGCCAUAUGCCUACACCUAGGUUUCGUACAUGCAAAAUCAUUUUUAAAAUGGUUCAAAAUCAGGAAGACGGUCUUAACACAAAUAAUUUGGCCUGCUCACCUUGGGGCAUGUUUUUCCAACAUCCACAAAUCAUAUAAAUUAUUAAAAAAAAAAAAAAAAAUCAUAAAAGGUACCAAUCCACAAUGCUUUGUGAGUCAUUAUCUGCUGGAAUCGUAAGUUUGGAAGUUGUGGCUUCUCUUUUCCCCAUAACCCUAACCCUAGUCCUAUGCAUACAGGGUUCAUAAAUGCAACAUUUUUUUUUAAUGGUAAAGUUAAAAAAAAUCAUAUAUUCGUCAAUACACAAAGAAUCUGCGCUACAUCUCUAUAUGUAGUCUUAUUCCAGAAUUUAAAGUUUAGAAGCUGUAUGCGCUACACCUAGAGUAUUCAUACAUGAAAAAGUUUUUUGUUUUGUUUAAAAUCGUAAAAGUAGGGCAAAAAAACCUGUGUGGCAUGGUUUUCCAGAAUCUUGAGUCUGGAAUCUGUGUACACUCUGGUUUCUGUAACUCUAAUACUAGUCCUAUACUUAUCGCUUUAAUACAAUCAAAAUUUCAAGAAAUUGUUAAUCACGUAAAUUGUAGACACACAAAGAAUUUAGGCAGCAAAUGUCUGUGUGUGGUCUUAUUCCAGCAGAUAUAAGGGCAAAUAUGUUUAAUUUCUUACACUCCAAUCUAGAAAGAAGAUCUUUUAGACCAUCAGCAUUUAUUUGGAAUGGUGCUGAAUGACAGUUGUUAAAGCUGCAUAUACAUGCUGUACACACCCCUGUGUGUGUGUGUGUGUGUGUGUGUGUGUGUGGGGCACUCAUCCAAGUAGGAUCAUCAACGAUCCUGCGUUUCACAGACAGACUGGAAGAUACCAGAUGUUAAAGGCUUCUUAUUAAAUGUAAAUUUAUUUUAUUAUUAUUAUUUUUUUUUUUUAGUUCUUUAUUGGUGCUUGUGUGAUUCUGUUGUCUCACUGUUUCUCUCACUGCCACAUCCAGAAUUUCACUUAAUUAAAGAUGGCUAAGUACAGCAAACAA